AAACACCUACAUACGAUCUUCAAUCUUCUUCUUCUGGGUUCUCACCAAAACAACAAAAUCUUCUUCUUAAGUGUUUGAACGUAUGGCUUCAGAUUGUCAUCAUCCUCCAAUGCUCUUGAUUCAUACUGCAAAAAAAGGUACAUGGAAUUUAUACAAUCCCAUGACUGACAAUGUCCUUGAUGUGCAAUUCAAAUUGCCAAAGAAGCGAUUUUGUGGUUUUGCAAAAGGAUGGUUAAUAGCUAUGAACAUGAAUUUGGUAGUAACCCUAAUAAAUCCAUUUUAUAGGGUUAAAGGGAAGAAAAAGAGAGAAGAUUCCAUCAUCAAUCUUCCUCCGCUAGACCGUAAUUAUGGUAAUUUUUUGCAUGAACAAGUGAUUGCUGCCUUUGUCAUCAAGGCUACAAUAUCAGCAGAUCCAAUAUUAAAUCCCAACGAUUGCAUUGUUGUUGUUAUGUAUGAGGGAAGUGGUAAAUUGGCUUUCAUCAGACUCAAUAAAGACACAACAUGGACUUACGUUGAUGAAAGCCUAUCCUUUAUUCAAGAUGUUGUUCAUAUUGAAGAUAAGUUUUAUGUUGUUAAAGAAGGGGGUACACUUUUUUCUUUUGAUAUUACUAGUCAGUGUAUCUCCAAUAAACAAUUAGUUGCGCAGGGCAUCGAAUCUGAUGAGGUGCAGAAGACAUAUCUCGUGGUUUUAAAUGAUAAAGAAUUAUUGAUGGUUCUAAGGUAUAUUACAUUUAAAGAUGGAUGUCGUGUGACGAAGAAAGUUGGAAUAUUCAAAUUGAAUUUUGACGAGUAUGAGUGGGUUGAGAAAAACACCUUAGGAGAUGUUGCUCUCUUUUUGGGUGAUAAUUUUUCAAUAUCUGUAGUGGCUUCGAAUUUUUCAGGAUGUCGAUCGAAUUGCAUAUACUUCAACCAUGAUUAUGAACGUAUAGAAGGCGGUUAUGACAAAAAGCCUUUGCGUCGUGAUUUUGGUGUUUAUGACGUUGAACGUCAAAGCUUUUCACAACCUUACACCCCAGAUGCUAAGGCUCUUAUGGAGAAGACCAUGCAACCUCCAUAUUGGGUAGAUGUACCAACUUUCCUUUUGUAAGAAAAUAAGAAGAUUACUUGUUAUAUUUCUUCUUACUCUUUGCAUUAGGUUUAGUCUUUAAUAAUCCCAAUGAUAUUCAGAGAAGUUCUCUCAUGCAUUACAAUUUA